AUGCCGAAUCGCUCAAAUCGCUCUGCACGACAACCCGUACGAGGGAAUCGGGCACAACUCCACUUACGGCCAGAUGUUCACUACGUCAUUGAAAAAGUACGGUCAGUUGUGUAUCGGGCUGUAUCGGUUACACGACCAGGACAACGCCGAGUCAGUGAAGCGAUACGUGAUCACCAACCCUCCAGCCGAACUUCGGAUAAGGAGCUCCGAUUAUGUGUACGUGCUGGAGCAGUUCGAUCCAGGCCUCGAAUAUGA